CUGCCGCAUCCAGGGAGAGGCAAGGCGGAGCACGCAGCGGACGGACCGGGAUACUCUCAGGAUAUCGUCAGACUGAAUGAAAAACUAAUCUUGCAAAAAUGCAAUUCCGCCUGCGGAUUUUAGAGAAGAUUUGAAAGGAAAGUAUUCGGGUGCUAGUGGAAAUAUUUCACCACAGAGAGGCUACACAAAGGGGAGAGACAGCUCGCCGGUCAUGCAGCACUACGGUGUGAACAGCUACUCUCUCCACGCCAUGAACUCACUGAGCGCCAUGUACAACCUCCAUCAGCAGGCGGCGCAACAGGCCCAGCAUGCACCGGACUACAGGCCCUCAGUGCAUGCACUUACUCUGGCAGAGAGGCUGGCUGACAUUAUUCUUGAAGCCCGAUAUGGCUCCCAGCACCGAAAGCAGCGACGUAGUCGGACGGCCUUCACCGCCCAGCAGCUGGAGGCCCUGGAGAAAACCUUCCAGAAAACCCACUACCCUGAUGUGGUGAUGCGGGAGCGACUGGCCAUGUGCACCAACCUACCUGAGGCACGUGUGCAGGUCUGGUUCAAGAACCGCCGGGCCAAGUUUCGUAAGAAGCAGCGUAGCCUGCAGAAGGAGCAGCUCCAGAAACAAAAAGAGGCAUCAGGUGCUGCUGAGGUCUCUACAGAGGACUCCAAGACUAACCUCACCACCACCAAGCAGGCUCCUGAGGCCCGCACUCCCCCUCCUCCCUCCUCCUCUUCAUCCUGUCACUCAGAGACAGAGCGGCAGGCAGCCACACGGCCUCAGCCUGGAGAGAUGAGCGUAGAAGUAAACGUCACCUCCCCUGAGCCGUCGGACUGCGAGUCAACAGCUGAAGAUAAUGCUGACAGGGAGGAGGACGAAAUGAGAGGAGAGAUGAGGGUGAAGAUCAGAGAGGAGACCCACGGGGAGGGGGGAGCACAGCCAAGGAGCAGCUCCCCAUCCUGCAAACGACUCAGCCCCACCUCAGACUCUCCCCUGAGCUCCCCCACUUUGGCGUCCUCCAGCAGCGUGACCAGCGGGUUGGCUCAAAGUAACUCCUACGCCUCGUCCCCCCUCAGCCUCUUUCGGCUGCAGGAGCAGUUUCGGCAACACAUGGCCGCCACCAACAACCUGGUGCACUACCCUUCCUUUGACAUGAGCACACCAUCGUCUCUGCCCUACCUGGGCAUGAACGUCAACAUGCCAUCCCCCCUGGGCUCACUGCCCUGCCAGUCCUACUACCAGACCCUCUCGCAGGCCCAGCAGGUAUGGAACAGUCCAUUGCUGCAGGUACCUCCAGGCAGCCUCCCUGGAAGCCUCAACAGCAAGACCACCAGCAUCGAGAACCUCCGUCUGAGGGCCAAGCAGCAUGCAGCCUCACUAGGACUGGACACACUUCCCAACUGAAGCUCUGGCUGCUCAGUGUUCAGUCUCUGCUCUGGGCUGUAGCUAUGAAUUAUGGGCCAUGACCACAGGAAGUAACUCUAGGAUCCCCCUUCUCUUUCCUCUCGACCUUUCGCCAUUAUAAAACAACCUUGUGUAUCAUUCUAAAACCUCAUUAGAAACACCUCCGGUUUCAGCUUUGUUGGCUGCUACACAACUGGAUGUCAUAGAAAUAAUUUAGGAGCCCUCUGUUCAAAAUCUGUCCAAAGUUGAAAUUGGUACUCGUUGAAGAUAAAUUAACUGGGGUGCUGCUGAGAAUGCUUCGGUUGCAGUUUUCUAGAUUUCAAAUAAACAUGAUUUCAAAACCAGAGAAGAAUGCCAAAAAACAGAAGCAACACAAUUUUUAGGCCUAGAACACAAAUGUGUUUUCAGACCAGGCAUUUUAAUGGGCCCUCCCUCAGGUUGGGGCCCUGGGUUGGCACCACACCUAUUCUCCAUCUUGUUGAGGAGCACAGUAGAGCUUGAAGAGCAUCUCUGAUGGUGACAUUUAAAAGAAAACUAAUUAUAAGAAGAACUCAAAGGACUUAAUAAAUACAUUUAAAAAACAAACACCUGGACUGCAGGUAUACCUGAACUGUACUUUCUGCUUGUGUGGAUCUUGUUUAUACUUGCCUCCUCCUGGUCAACAGCAUAAUUCUUCUGAUGUCAGCUGUUCACUAUGAUUUGAACCUCUUCUGUGACGUCGGGGCAGAAAGUCUUGAAUAACAGAGCUGCCUGUCUCAUUUCGGGACAAACGGAAAAUGUGAAAAUAUAACUAUGCUGCAUGCACCUCUCUGAAGCAUGGCUUACAGUCGCACAGCACAAAAUGAAGUCGCAAAUAAAGCUCUGACCAGCCACUUUAAGCCUAGAGCAAACUGUACUUUUUUGCAGAAGACAGAUGAUUCUCCUUGUUUAAAGUUACAGCGCUCAGCUCAGCCUGCAAAAAUCCACCGAGUAUUGUAAAUAUCCCUCAGUGUUUGCUUCCAUCUGCCUGGUUAGAGAAUAACUUCAUGUCUCUUUUUGUGUGAAGGAGUUGAAAAUUUAUUUCUCAGAUGUGACUUAAUUGACAGGACCUACAACAGAAAUGACAUGAGGGGAGAAUCUGAGGAGGCACAGGGACAAAGGUGCACCCAGCUGACGUAUAUAUUUUUAUUAACUUGGGUGCCACGUUGAACUUUCUGCUUUUUCAGAGGCUGUUGCUUCAGCAGAAAGAUGCACAGGCCAGUUCUCUGUGUAUUAUAUAAUUGUAGAUUCAAGACAUGUAUUUCUCAAUUCUUAUAAGCGUGAGUAAUUUAUCUGUUUAAUGCAAGGGAAUAAAUGAAACCUAAG